AUGAUGGACAAUAGAAGCUACUCUAAUCCUCCAGACAAACUUUCUGUCUUCUCUGAAUCUGCCCAUCUGCCACUGCCUAGGUCAUUCUAUCUGGAUCCCAUGGUCACUCUGCACCUCUACCCUGAGGCCCCAGUGCCAUCCCCUUACUCUGAAGAGCUGCCACUGCUGCCUUUUCCCAGUGACUCUCUGGCAAUAGAAAGUUACGGUGAAGCCUGCCCCUUCCCUUUCCCAAUGCCUUACCCAAAUUACAGAAGGUGUGAAUACCCCUAUGGGCCAGCCUUUAUCCGGAAAAGGAAUGAGCGGGAAAGGCAGCGGGUGAAGUGUGUCAACGAAGGCUACGCCCAGCUCCGACACCACCUGCCAGAGGAGUAUUUGGAGAAACGACUCAGCAAGGUGGAAACCCUCCGAGCUGCAAUCAAGUACAUUAACUAUCUGCAAUCGCUUCUGUACCCUGAUGAAGCUGAGAGCAAGAAUAACGCUGGGACAGGCCUCUCCUUAAUGGCCACCACCAGUUGCCACACUGACCCUGUUUUUAGAGACAUUUGA